AUGGAUGGAGAUGAUAAAAUUAGUGGAGUUGCAAAUGCUGUUGGUAAUGUCAUAGAACUUGAUACUGUAGAUUAUCCUGGUGGUAUGGUAGCAGAGUGUGUUGGUGGUAUGGAAGCCGAGUGUACAGGUGGUGUUGUUGCAGCUAGUGUUUGUAGCUGCUGGCUUCUUGCACUUCCUCUU